GCGCUUUUCGGUCUUUGCGUAACGUCGGCAUUGCUAAAGGAAACUGCAUGUAUAUGGUUCAUACAACAUUACAUGUGAUUACUAAUCGCCAUUUAAUAUUGUGCAACUUCAGUGCCGUCGUUGUUACCAAAAAAGUUUUGCUAUAUGCGAAAGAAUCAUGAUAGAUUUGAUAUUCAUCUUCUGCAUAUCCCAAAUAUCUCACAAUUUAUAUCAAAUUCUAUGCAAUAAUCAACUGUCUGACGUUUCUUUAAUAUAAUCCUAUGUUAAACUUUACUGACUUUUUCAUGUAAGUUAAACGAUUUUUUGAUCACUUGAAUUGUACCCGUUUAGCCCAGGUAAUGUUACUCUAAUCCACAUGAAGUGUUCUUGAUCAGUCAUAAAUUCUUGUUAUUCAUGCUUGUCUGAUUAAUAAUGACUUGUGACCUGAUUCAGUAGUAUGUUGGUACGAAUUAUUACAAUUUCCUUCAGCAAAUUAAGGGGAAAUAAACAAAGAAGUGACUAUCAAUAAAAGUAAGUUGAAAAUAAGGAAACAAAAAUAUAAAAACCAAGUAACAAUAAAGUAUGAAGUAUGUAUAAUAAAGUUUUGUUCAUGCACAUCUUGAUGUUGAUUGGUAAUUUCGAGCGUAGGGUGUAUAUUUCGAAUCCUUUACUUUUUAUUACGUUUGACAUAAAGAAAAGUCAUUGUAUACUAUUCUCUUUCAUUUCAGAAAAGACAGUUCCAUAAUGGCAAUUCCUGAUGAAGUAUUUGAUCUUGUUUCAAAAGUUUCGAAUGGAAAUGGAAAUAUUGAGGAUUAUGAACGCAUUUGUUUGAUUCUAUCUAAUCUGACAACUACAGAACUGAGUUCUGUUUUCCAGAAAUGUGAUAUUUUAAAAGCAUUGAUGUCGAUUGAUUUACAUGACAAACAGUCUGCUCAAAUUGCGAUUAAAUUAGCUUCCAUUGUAUUCUCCCUCAUACCUUUAUUUGACUUUGUUCAAUCUCACCAAGAAGAGUUGCUUUUAAUACUUGGAUCGACGAAACUCGAUUUGAUUGAAUUUAUUUUGAAAAGGCUAAGAGCUGGUGUAGUUGAACCUAGUUGUUCGGUAGACAAUCUACCGGAAUGCAUUUUAAGGUCAAUAGCUAGAUUAGUGCUUCAUGAAAAACUCUCUUUAUCCAUGGAAGCCCAAAAUUUCCUGAUAACUUUGGCUACAAAAUGUCCUCUUGGUUUAAAAAGCGUUUUAGGGCCCAAUGUAGUCGGUGCAUUAAAUCCAUUGUGUUCUAAAUCUGAGCAUUUAAUAAGAGUUUCUGAAUUUGCUGUACAUCUAGUUUUCAAACAACCUGAUGUGUUCAAAGACGUUGAAAAUUCUGGUUUGUUUCAACCUAUUUUGGAUGGUUUAAAUUCAAGAGAUCCUCUAGUCCGCUUGAACUGGUUGGAAUUAGGGAAAUUGUUGACUAUUUCAGAGACGGGCUAUCACUUUCUGAAUAGGCAAAAUGUGUUCUCUAGAUUAUUGGACGAUUUGUAUUCUUCUGCUUCGAAUCCAUUAGGUGAUUUACUACUUCCAGGAUACAUUGGAUUUUUCGGUAAUCUCGCUAAGCGAGACCCUGACCAGUGGUUAGGGUCAAAAAGCGAUGGAAGGUUUAAGAAUGUAUUAUCAGAUGCGGUCGAUAAUAAUGCUAUCAAUAUUUCUAUGGUGGCAUUUGAAUCUAUUAGCUGUAUAGCGACUACACCGACAGGUCGAAUUACCUUAGAUAAGUUAUUUGCUAAAAAUGGCUCAUUUGAUAGUGUUUUGAACAAGCUUUUUGUAUUUAUUUCCAAUUCACCAACUGAGAUAUGCACUAGAGCUGUCGAAUGCUAUAGUUUUCUUCUACGUCGACCUGAUGGGAUAGAUUCAGAAGGCUUAUUCGCCGAUGCUGUACUUUCUCUUAACUGGGCAAUAAUUUCUUGUCAAAAAAGCAUUGAUACAACAAAUUCCAAAUCAGUCGAAGAUAAAGAAUUAUUAAUCGCUCCACUACUGAAACGCCUUUAUUCUCUUGCAACUCAACCAUUUUUUGAGGUGCGUGUAGCAGUAUUCAAAGCUAUCGAUGCGAUUGCGACGCAGCCAUGGGGAGUUCGACAAAUAACACGACAACCCGGAUUUUUCGAAUAUUUGCUUAAUCGUCAAACGGAACUCGGAUUUCCAGAUAAAAUACAACUUGUGCAAGCCAAAUUAGACAUUAUGAACAAUAUGCUGAAAACAUACAAAGUAUGGAGUUGUAGUGAAUGUAAAUCAUUCCAGAAUUUGAUUGAUAGACAACAGUUGAAACUAAUACAGCUUUAUAUAAAGGAAGGAUUAUGGGGUGUUGUAAAAUCUGAGGCUGCGGUGGCUCUUGAACCUGGUUAACUAAUUGAUAAUGUAAAGGAUGUAAACGAUAUAUGCAAACAUAUUUUUCUUCUUUUUUGUUGGUUGAUUUUCUUAAUUGUUGUGACUUAACUUCUAGUGAUAUGAUUCACAUAUCAAAUUUUUAAAAUAAGAAAUUUUCAC